AAUGGAAAAAUCGGAGGAGGCCAUAAUUAGUGCCCAGGCUGAUUUUGCAAUUAAUUUACUUUCCAAUGUUGUUUUUGGGCAAAAUAAACCUGUAGAAUCCACAAUAAUUUCUCCUUUAUCUUUAUCUAUGGGCUUAGCUAUUGUUUAUGCUGGAGCUGAUGGUGAAACUAAGGAGGAAUUUGGGAACUUGUUGUCUGGAGGUAAGAUAAGAGAUGAGACCGGGGAGGGUCUUCAAAAGAAGGGGUGCCAUUCUUUCCCCCUUUUUCUACUUUCUUUAAAUUUUCUACUUUUAUGCCGAAUUUUAUAUCAUUCGAAAGAGAUCUUUGAGCUGAGUCUAUCGACAUAA